AUGAAUAUUCUUGAUAUUAAAGAAAUUCAACCAUUAAAAUAUGCAGAUAAUUUAAUUGAUAAUAUUUAUAAUAAAGGAUUGAUUGAAAUGAUUAUGAAUAAAACAUUUACAUUUUUUAUUUUACAAGAUGGAACACUUAAAUAUUAUAAUUCAAAUGGAACAUUUGGAGAAUUUGAUGAAAUAGGAGAAGGAAGAACAUUUUAUAUUUUUAAUGAAAAGACAAAUAUUAUUAUUAGAGGAGAUUGUACAGGAAAAAUUUUUUUUGAUAUGUAUAAAGAAGAAGAAAAUAAAUGGAUUAGUGCAAUAGAUACAUUUUUUGUAGAAAAUAAUAAUAAACUUUCAUUUCAUGAUCCUGAAUUAUCAAAAAUGUAUUUUUUUGUUGGAGAAAAUAUAUUACAAAUAUAUAGUUAUUCAGUUGUUUUAUUAAAUGAAAAUAGUGAAAAAACAGAUAAAAUUAAAGAAGCAAAAAAUUUUGCUAUUUUAGUUCAAAAUAUAGAAGAUAUUCAAUUAAAAGGAAAUCCAUCUAAUGUUAUUAUGUCAAAAUAUGGAUUAUUUAUUAUUCAACGAGAAAUUAUUGAAUUUUAUAAAUUUAAUACAAAUGAAUUAUUAGAAAUUCAAAUAACUCCAGAAAUAUUUAAAACAAAAGAUUUUAGAAUUAUUCAAUAUUAUAUUCAUCCACAAACAUCAGAUUUAAUAAUGAUUUCAGAAAAAGGAGAAGUUUAUUUAAUUGAUUCAAAAUCUAAUCUUUUAAUUCCAAUAAAAAUUGGAGAAAUUGAAAUUCCAAAAGAAAAUUAUAAAAUUCAUUUUUAUUAUAGAUUCCUUAUUAUUUUAACAGAUUAUAAAAUGUAUAUUUAUAAUAUGAGAAAAAUGAAAAAUCCAAUUAUUAUAAAUACUAUAAAAAAUUAUGAAGUAAUAUCUAUUGUUUCAUGGAAUAAUCCAGAUGUAUCUAUUGGAUUUUAUUCUAAUUCAUUAAAAUCAUUUAAUGAAUAUUUAUUUAAUGAAAAAAUGAAAUAUUCAAAUGAUAUGAAAGAAGGAAUGUUAUAUUUUUUAUUAAAUGAUUUUAAAAAUACAUUAAUUGGUAUUCAAUAUUUAAAUUCACAAUUAAUUACAAAAUUUUUAGAUAGACUUGGAAAUGAUCUUCCUCUUAUUAUUUUUCUUUCAACAAAAGUUGAAUAUAGAGAAUAUGCUAUAAAUCGAUUUAAAGAAAAAUAUAAACAUGAAUAUUUAAUAAAUAUGGCUAAUGGAUGGAAUCCUAAAGAUAUUGAAAUAUAUUUUACUAAAUUACAAGAAAUAAUAAAACCAGAAAAACAUAUUUUAUUAAAUAAUUUAAUAAAAAAAGAAUGGGAACCUAAAAAAUUUAAUUUAGCUGAUAUAACAGUUCAAUUAAGUAAUAAUCCUACAGAAGAAAAAAUUAAUAAAGUAUAUUCAUUACUUGGAAUUACAAAUAAAAAUCAAGUUAUUUAUAUUCCUGAUGAACUUAUUAUUUCAAUUACUCAACAUCAAACAAAUUGGUUUAGACCAUUAAUAAUUCCAUUAUUAAAAUUAAGACCUUAUGAAUUAUUACAACAUAUGAUUAUUAUUACUGAUGAUCUUCCACAAAUAGAUAUUAUUAUAAUAUUUCAACAAGUUUUUACACCUAUUAAUUUAUAUUAUCAAAAAAAUCAAUUUAAUAAAGAUCAACAAAUUGUUUAUGCAAUAUUUAUUACUAUUAUCUCAUCAUUUAAUAAAGCAUUAGAAAAUAUUAAUGAUGAAUUAAUUCCAAUUUUCCUUGAAAGAUUAGUUGCUUUUCCAUUAGAUAAACUUACUAUUAAUUAUAAAUUACUUUGUUCUCAAGCAUUACAUAAAUCAUUGAUUAAAGGAAAUAUGGAAUUAGCAGAAAUUAUUUUUAAGAUAAUUUGGAGAAAAUAUACACCAUCAACAAUUGAAAAUAUUUUAGAAGAUAUUCUUCAACAAGAAUUAUAUGAAAAACAAAUUACAACAGAAGUACAACAAUGGAUAAUAAAGAAAAUUUCAUUGAAUUAA